AUCGUCAGGAGCGAAGAGGGAAGCGUGCCGGGUCGUCUAGGGAAGAAGGAGUGGCGGGACAGGCGAAGGAGAGGUCUGAGGGCAGAUUUCAAGGUCAAAAAGUUGAAAUUGGACGGCAAAUGUUUGAUGUUUGAGGAUGGAAUCAGAGAGCUGAGAGCUUUGGGUGGUGCAGUGCGGUUGCGGAGGAGGCUUGACAGCAGGAAUGCGGACACUGGUAAGCCUGGUAAUGACCUUGGCACUGGCCCGACCGGAUCUGAACUAGUCAGGCGGGAUCUAGGAGGCGUCCAAUGUUUGCAGUAG